AUGGAUAAUGCAACACAAGCGACACAAGCACACGGUCUGACCGCAGCCGAUGUGUUCGGAGCGGCCGCAGCCGCCGCCUCAAAUCUUCAUAUGGGUCUUUCAGCCGGCACAAUGAUGCUUCCUACCGUAGCGUUCACGUCAUCCGGUGCACAGUCACAAUUGAGCCAAUCAGGAAACGCUCUCUCUAGUGCAGUCUCUGCGACCCCUUCAAUACCGUACUUCUCGUGGCCACCUCAACAACCAAUCAUUAACAUUCCCUUCUUUGAUGCGAAUCUUUAUAAAACCGUGAAUUUGGAUGCACAACCGUCCUGCUUACCCAACGGAAUGGAUCUACCCCUAAACGAUAUUACCACAUUGAGGUGCCACGCACAUUUACAUCUAACCCUGAAAUGUUUUGAGUCGAUUUUCCAGUUG